CUUGUCUUUUUCUCUCAGAUUUUUUUUGGGAAACAGAUGUCUGUGCUUUUUUUUUUUUUCUUUUCCUUUUGCAUCUCUUUUGAUUGGAAUACACCUGACUUUACCUGGUGAUGUCUGCGCACAGAUGUUAUUGCAAACUGUUUUGUAGCUGGCACAACUAAGGAUGUUGGUUUCAAGCGAAGAAAAACUUUCUGAUCGUAUUGAAAUAUAUGUUUUGGUUUUCUGGAGAGGACUAUUUGUUCCCUGUAGGAUCUCAGACUCAGGGUAAGAUCUCAAGGAUUUUGGUUUUACGCACAGCAGCCAAUCUUUGCCAUUACACCUAAUGAUGGGAGUCAAAACGAGUGCCGAGGGGCUUAAAGAGUCCCAGACCUGGAGUGUCUCUAGCAGCAAGGGCCAGGUACGGCCCCGUGAAUAACCGCACGGCAUCAGCAUGCCCCCUUGGCAAAAUCAGUCGCAGUGCAUCUCCCAAAACUGCAGCUGGGAGACUCUCAACUCAACAGGGGACACUGACCUCGGUUGGCCUCCUCUGAACUACUACUCCAUCCCUCUUCUCACGGCCAUCACCAUCGCGUGCACAUUGCUCUUUCUGGUCGGGGUGGCAGGGAAUGUCAUGACUAUUUUGGUGGUGAGUAAGUACCGGGACAUGCGCACUACCACCAACCUGUACUUGUGCAGCAUGGCCGUGUCAGACCUGCUCAUCUUCCUCUGCAUGCCCCUGGACUUGUACCGGAUGUGGAGGUACAGGCCCUGGCGCUUCGGCGACGCGCUCUGCAAACUCUUUCAGUUCGUGUCAGAGUCGUGCACCUACUCCACCAUCCUGAGCAUCACCGCUCUGUCUGUGGAGCGCUACCUGGCGAUCUGUUUCCCGCUGCGCGCUAAGGCCGUGGUGACCAAAAGGCGAGUGCGUGGACUCAUUCUCCUGCUGUGGACAGUGUCUCUGCUCAGUGCGGGGCCCGUGUUCGUCAUGGUGGGGGUGGAACGUGACAGCUCUGGGAUGAAUGAGACUGUUUACUCCCUGGAGGAGGUGGACACUCGUGAGUGUAAGAUGACGCAUUACGCGGUGGAGUCGGGUCUGAUGGGGGCUAUGGUGUGGUUGAGCUCGGUUUUCUUCUUCAUGCCGGUGUUCUGCCUCACGGUGCUCUACAGCCUCAUUGGCCGCCGGCUGUGGCAGAGACACAGGGAGACAAACAUAAGCUCCCGCGUGGCACACCGGGACAAAAGCAACAGACAGACCAUCAAGAUGCUGGUGGUGGUGGUUUUGGCUUUUGUCCUCUGCUGGUUGCCGUUCCACGUGGGUCGUUACCUGCAGUUUCGCUCUCUGGACGACCCGUCUCCACUGCUGUCCGUGUUGUCCGAGUACUGCAGUUUUGUAUCUGUGGUCCUCUUCUACCUGAGUGCCGCCAUCAAUCCCAUCCUCUACAACACAAUGUCGUGGAAGUACAGGGGCGCAGCGGCGCGUCUCUUCGGCCUCGCAGACAGCCAGCCUCCACGAGGACGCACAGCCAGCACCCUGAAGGGAGACGGCCCGAACGGCUGGACGGAAUCAACAGUCAGCUUUUGAACGUCAAAGCAUCAGAAAUACUCGGCAGCAGCUUUUAGAGAGUGUACAACACAGCAGGUGUAAAAGCGACUAUCUGCCAGGCCGGAAAAAAACAAUGUUCUACCUGGCCUGCACGCCAGGCACUUGCAAUGUUUGACGGGACAAAGAGACAGUAAAAAAAAAAAAAAAAAAACGCCAGCAAGAAAAGGCUGCAAGCCUCUAUUGUCCUCGUGCAUCAAUUUAAAUUCGAUUUCUUUUCUUAAAUCUUUCUUGUUGGAUUAUUUCAGCAAGUGCCAUUCAGUAGGCUACUCAUACAGCACACUCAACACAGGAAAAGAGCGACAGUGCAAAAUGCACAACAGUCUCCUGAAGUGAUUCUAAAGAUCCAAAAAUGAAAAAACAAAAACAACCUCUCUCUUUCACACACACACACACACACACAAAAGAGCAAGGCUGUGCAUGCUCCUAAAAAAAAGCACACACAUAGCCUAAACAUUCAUAUCCUCGACCUAUACAAUUGCCUUAUAUUGUAUUUAUAUUCUGGAUGACAAAGAAAGCACUGUAGAACUUGUGGCACCUCUCUGUACUCAUUUAGAGAGAUACAGAGGGUCAGUGUGUGCGUCUGCGUGCGUGAGUGUGACUGUGCGUGAGACAUGGGGCAUGUGUGUGUAUGUUUGGCCAUCAUAUUGGAUGUGCAGUGUUAGAAUGAGAAACUACUGCGUCACUGUUAAAUGCUCAAUGCCCUGUAUCUUGGAAAUUCAAGUCCAUGCUAUGUUGAUGCUGCCAAAAAAAAAAAAAAAAAAGGACCAAUGGGGGUUUGGGUGGCGGGAUAAUGUAUACGCUGACAUUUAAACCAUAUGUAUCAUUGUCUCUAAUCUUGUAAGUACUUGUUAUUGUUAAAGGAUCUACAUCUGUGAAGCUGAAAAACUCUUUUAAAGAACCAUCUGAAAAUGAUGAAUGGUUACAUGACAAAUAUGUCAGUGGCCAUAAACGCCUCAGCUUUCUGAAUCCAGUGCCUUUUGCACCACUGCAGCAUUGUUGAUUUCAGCCCACUCAGGUUCAUAGAUGUCCCACCUGUACUGUUAACAGGUUGUUUUUUCUGUUUAUUAUAGAACACUUUAAUCAAAUCUAAACCAUACAUAUUUGACUCUGUUCCAUUAUCCUUUUUGAAGCAUCGUUCAACAGUCGGUAAUGAAGACAUCUAAAGUAAAGUUACCAUUCAUACCUUUUUUUUAAAUAUGUUUUACACACCCUGAGGACAGUGAUUUACUCACUGAUUAUAUCUAACAAACACAAUUGCUUGUCUUGCUAAGCUUCAGGAUUUGCCUGAACUGUGAUUUUUUUUUUUUUCCAAUGGAAGGUUUUCAUGUAAAGAACACAAUGAGUAUUUUCAUUGGGGACUGCAGUGUAUGGUUUGAAACAAGACACACACAAAUGUGCCAAGCGGGCCAACCAUGCCAAAAUAUCACAUACUACAAGCCAUUGCUUUAUACAUGUACAACAAAAAUAAUGCAAUAUUGAAAAA